AUGGCAGGCACUGGUGAGCGCAAAAACAAGAAGGAUGACAAUGGCAUUGGCACGGCCAUCGAUUUUGUGCUCUCCAAUGUCCGACUGGUGUUGGAUGUGGGUGGAGCAGCCAUAUUGGGCAUCGCCACACUGGCAGUUAAGCGGAUAAGUUACUAAUGGGCAAUCAGUGCCCCUAACAGCCCCACCCGCCUAAGCCAUUCAGGGAAGAGGAGCUGGGAGGAGCCAAACUGGAUGGGCUCUCCUCGACUAUUGAACAAGAAUAUGAAGACAGGCCUGAGCCGGUCCCUGCAGACCCUUCCCAUAGACUCCUCUGCCUUUGACACAGAUACAAUCUGCCCACCCUGGCCCAAACCCUUGGCCAGGAGGGGCCAGGUAGACUUGAAGAAGUCACGACUCCGCAUGUCCAUGCAGGAGAAACUUCUUUCUUACUAUUGGAACCGGGCAGCCAUCCCUGCUGGAGAGCAGGCUUGGGCCAAGCAAGCUGCGGUGGACAUAUGUACUGAGCUCUGGAGCUUCCUGCGGGCCAAGCUGCCUGAAAUGCCACUCCGGGACAUGUACUUGAGUGGCAGCCUCUAUGAUGAUCUGCAGGUGGUGACAGCUGACCAUAUCCAACUCAUUGUUCCCCUUGUGCUGGAGCAGAACCUGUGGUCUAUUAUGUUCUCCCUUCAGGUCAUCUUUAUCUAUUCUUACUACCUCUCCAUCAGUGUGGUUCUGGUGAUGUACUCUGUGGCUGUGUUGGCCCUUCCUAAUGAGGGUUACACAAAAUGA